AUGGAUAAGGCUGGAGGUCCAGUAGAACAGGGAAAGCGGCGUGUCAUGCUGAACGAGGCUCACUACCAUCUUGAUUUCCAAGUGAUGGGACCGUUUGAAGCUUGCUGGAACAUGUCUAGAUUUUUGAUGCACGGAAGUUCACAUAUUGGACAAGUGCUCUACGUGGACGCGGAGAACAAGUCGACUGUAUUCCUCGAUGAGGACGGAAUUGAUGCCGAAAAAGCGGAGCAUAUUUUGAGUGAAGAGGAGGAUUCUCAGGUGAUUGCAUGGUUCCGAAUCAAUAAAAAGCCGAUAGACCUUGGAGAUGGAAGAAGAACUACCGAUCUCACCUUCCUCGAAGUUCCAAAGUACUACCGUUUUGAUACGGCGAGCAAAAGCUUCAUUUUCCGCCAGCAAGAUCUUUCCCAUAUGAUUUUGCCACGUAUUCACACUCCACCAGCGAGAAAUCUGCAGGCUAUUGCCACCCGUCUGCUCGCAAUGAAUAUGUGCGGUCCGACAAGUUUUGAUGAGCUGAAAACCUACAAAGGAAAAGUGUACAAGACCUGUUUGGAAGCAGCUGAAGCUCGUGGCUUGAUGAAUGGAAUUGACGAGUGGGUGAACGUUAUCAAUGAAAUCUUUGAAUUGGAUGGACCAACUGCUUCUCGUAGAGCCUUCGCUCAGAUUCUUCUCUAUACGUGUCCAGGAAAACCAAAGCUGCUUUUCGAUUUGUGUUACGAAAAACUUGUGAAUCAAAAGUCGACAAAAAGAUCUGAUGAUGAAAAGAGAGCCCAUGCUUUGCGCCACAUCAAUUUCAUUCUGAACAACGGAGGCAUGUCAUUGGCAGACUUCGAAUUGGAUGAAUUGGAUGUUUCUGGAAAUGUGCCAGACGGUUUGACUGCUGAAGAAGAAGAAGACAACCCAAACAUCGAUCUCAUCACGAAGACGGAUUACGAAUUGCGUUCCAACUCUCAGUACAAGAAGCUGAACGCAAAUCAGAAGAAAUUUGUCGACAGAGCACUCGAAUUGGGACCCAUUGGACGGAAUACGACAAGAUUAUUGUUUGUGGACGGUCCAGGUGGAACGGGGAAAACAUUCUGUUACACGACAAUUUACUUUGCUUUCAAAGCAAAGUCUAUUGUAACAAUUUGUGUUUCGCACCAUCACCUGAGUAUCUAUUUCUCGCAACUGUGGAGUGUGUGAUCUGGGAUGAGGUGUGCAUGACUGAUAAACGAAUUCUGCAGCCAAUUCUUUCAAAAAAUGCACCAGAGUGAUUUGCCAUUUGGAGGAGUUUUGAUGAUCAUGGGAGGUGACUGGCGACAAAUAUUGCCGAUCGUGCCAGAAGCUCACAGUCAAGGUGCCGUCAACUACACGCUGAAAAAAGAUACCUACUUGGUGUUGCCAUGUCUCGAGUACAGAGAGCCGCUGAUUUCCGUGUGUGGCACGCAAGACGAUCUCACAACGGUGACUCGCCAUAUGGAGGAGGAAUUCUGGUUAGAAACGUCGUCUACCCAGAAAUCAUUCGAAAUGAUGAUCCGAAAACAAUUCUCAAUUCAAUGGCUCCUCCGCAGCCAGAAGAUAUUCAGCAGAUCCCAAUGCCAGAAGAAGAUGAAUUUGAUGGGAUGUGCAGUCGCCCAAGAUCUCCACCAGCUCCAGUUCAAGUUCCAGUUCAAGCUUCAGUUCAAGUUCCAGCUGAACCAGUUGAAGAAAUUCAGUUCGAUGAGCCAAUAGAAGAGCAAACUCUGAUGCCAUUCUUGUUUCUGGACAAUUCAUUUGGCCAGCAAAACUGCUUUAUGAACGCGCUCUUAAACAUGCUUUUUGUCUCUGCAACUAUUCGCGAGAAGUUUGUAGAAUUCCAUCAGCAGCGGAAGGAGAAGCUCAGUGCCGAAGUUGGACGAAUCUUCCGAGGAAAUGUCAAAUCUGUCAAAAGACUUCGUCAUCUUUUGCCCAAUCGGGGAUAUCACGCUGGUCAACAAAAUGUUUCAGAAGCUUUCAAUGUUUUGAGAGAGGUAAAUUUCACUUAAUCAACAAAUAAUUACUUAAAUAUUUUUGAUUUGAUUGGCGAAGAUGCAAGUUUUGAAUAUGAAUUCCAAGUGCGCCUGCUCACGAAAACCGAAUGCGAAGAGUGUCAUGAGUCUACCGACGAACAACCAAAAUUCGAGAAAUAUCUGGGAUUGGUGAUGCACCAGAGCGGAACACUGCAAGAAACAGUCGAUUUCACUCAUGGAUUGGGAACAACUCUAACCAAGUACACCAUUUGCGGAAAAGGAAAUCUUGUGAAAUCGAUGUCUAUGGAAUCUGCUCACUAUCUCUUCGUUCCAGUUUUCCAUGACAACAAAUCCGAGUUCAAAGAUUUCAAUUCGAACGAAGCAGUCGAACUUCUUUCUUCCAAAUAUUAUCUGAAAGCUUUCACUGAAUUCACAGGAACGGAUGGUAAUGGACACUAUGUAUCAUGGAUCAAGCAAUCUGAUAACAGCUGGAAAUGCAUCAACGUAAAUGGAACAGACUGCGGAUCAAGAGAAAAUGGACGAAAUCAUCCUCAUGGACACAUCAGAUCAAACAGAUGCCCAUCCCGCUCAACAAAAAGAGCAAAAAGUCAAAGAUCAACAAAAGAUCAAUCGAUCCGAAAAGAACAUCGAUGAAGAAGAGACAGAUAUGUAA